UUCGUCUUCAGGCCCAAGGAGAACUAUUUCACCAUGGCCAGCAGUCUCAUAAGAUGCCUCUGUUUCCUGGGGAUACUACUAUUGUCUCCUAAAGGUUCAGGUCAUAAGAUCCCCCCCAUACAGCAGCAGUGCUCUGACUUUCAGAAUGCUAAUCUCCUACGGGGCACCAAUCUCAAGGUUCAAUUCCUCUUUUUCACUCCUUUGGAUCCUACUUGUGGGAAGCUGGUAAAAAAAAGUAGUGACCUUCAGACCUUUGGAUUCAAUACCUCUUUGGAAACCAAGUUAAUUAUCCAUGGGUUCAGGGCACUAGGAACCAAGCCAUCAUGGAUUGACAAAUUCAUCCAGACUCUUCUGCGUGUGACAGAUGCAAACGUGAUUGCAGUGGACUGGGUUUAUGGAUCCACAGGUGUUUAUUUCUCAGCUGUUGACAAUGUGAUAAAACUUGGUCUGGAGAUCUCCCAGUUCAUCAGCUAUCUACUGAUGCUCGGGGUGUCAGAGUCCUCCAUCCACAUCAUUGGGGUCAGCCUGGGAGCACACGUUGGGGGAAUGGUAGGCUAUUUCUAUAAAGGCCAACUGGGAAGGAUCACAGGUCUGGAUCCUGCAGGGCCAGAGUACACCAAGGCCAGCCUUGAAGAACGACUGGAUCCCGGAGAUGCCCUAUUUGUGGAAGCCAUUCACACAGAUACAGACAAUUUAGGUAUCCGGAUUCCAGUAGGACAUGUGGACUAUUUUGUCAAUGGCGGCCAAGACCAGCCAGGGUGUCCUUCAUUUAUUCAUGCAGGUUAUAACUAUCUGAUUUGUGACCACAUGAGAGCUGUUCAUCUCUACCUCAGUGCCUUGGAGAAUUCCUGUCCACUGAUGGCCUUUCCUUGCACAAGCUUCAAGGAUUUCCGUGCAGGAAAAUGUCUGGAUUGCUCUUUUCCUUUUCAGCAUUCCUGUCCCAGAAUCGGUUUACUAGAAAAAGGAGGUCUCAAUAUGGAAGAACCUCCCAAAGAAGUGAAAGUCUACCUCAUGACCACUCCCAAGGCUCCAUACUGUCUCUACUACACCCUCGUGGAGUUUCAUUUAAAGACGGUGAGAAACAAGAACACCAACAUUGAAGUUGCAUUGCAUAGCAGUAAUGCCACAACUCCCAUUAAGAUCACCAUGUAA